CGUCAGUGGUAGGGUAGGGACCAACUAGUAGUGGGGACGUUCAGUCGCAAUGGAAGGACGAGACAAGCAGGUCAUCCUGUACUUCGUGGUCGCCUUGGCCGCGUCUUUGGGCCUCGGUCUGGCCAUCGCGUACCUCGAGGUAAAGAGGAACCAAGAGAUAAUAGCGAUGCAAAAGGAAAUCCUAGAGCUCAGGAACGGUCUCCAAGAAUGUCUAACGAAGAUGGAAAACGUAACUCAAAAAGUUCAAGAGCAAUUGAAAUCGUUCGACGGCGUUGGACUCGGACCAGACGGAGAUGACUACUAUUACGACGACUACGAUGAUGACGAAAAGGAUUCGCAAUCCAAAGACGAUGAUGAUAAGCGAGAAUCGAAGAAGACCAAGAGGGAGAUCCCGUACAGCCCGCUGCUCGGCCAGCCGUACAACCUCAUCAUAAAGCAGUCCUACAAGACGAUUCCCAACAAGACUGAUCCUGAGGUGAAGGCUCAUAUUAUAGUCCAUACAGAUCAGCAAGGAUAUGAGUAUGCCCCGGAAACGCACAAACAAGCCGGUCGAAUGUUAAAGACAGUUGAUGCCAUCCACUUCCAAGGCAACACAGAAAGAUUUAGUAGGCACAGGCAUCAUGGCGGAAGAUCAGGCUGCACAUAUGAUGCUAAUCACAGGAUGUGCCAUGUUCGAGGUAUCUUUAAGGAUUGGGCUCCAUCACUUUGGAGUGGCAUCGAUGUUCACAGCACAUUCAAAAUGAAAGACGGAGAAGUAUCCUUGGAAAAAUCUCCUGGCAUAUACUAUUUCUAUUCCCAGAUUUUCUAUGCUGACAAUCAUGACCUCAGUGGUUAUAGAGUGUAUGUUAACGGUGAACCUGUCUUCCAAUGUAUGAUAACUAACCUACACCAUGAAGACUGGAUACCAGGAAGAAUAACUUACAAGAAAAAUUCGUGUUAUACUGGCGGUCUGCUCUACCUAGAUGUUGGAGAUCAUGUAUCCAUUAAGGAAAUCGACAAUCUUGAAAGAUACAGCAUGUUCGAGCCAUACAAGAGCUAUUUCGGAUUGUUCAAAGUGUUUGAUGUUCCAUCAAGUGAAAAUGCAGAAAUCAAGCGAUGAGUUACGAAUUCAUAUCAUUUUCGAUAAAAAAUUCUAUUAGAUCGAAUACUGUAUCAAAAGUUUUUUUCUUUCUAAAGACAAGGUACAGAAAAAUGAUUAAGAAUUAAAUUUUCCAUUCCUCACCCCUCAAAAAGACUGUAUAAUAGUGCAUUGAAUAUGAAGUACGUAACCUGUGUUAAGUAUUGUACUUACUAAAAAACAUUAAAUUUUUGGAUGGUAAAAAUACAACUAUUUAGUUACCAAUUAAAGAUAUUUUUGUAACUAUAAAAAUACAGCUAAAAAAAAUAUUUGUAAUAGAAUAUAUUUUUAUUGUAACUAUGUAAAUUACUUGUACAAAAGGAAGUCAUGGCUUUUGUACUUUUAUACUAAGUUCAAAUGUGUAGAGUGCACGUAGUUAACACGAUUCUAGAUUUAGGUUUAGUUAAUAUAUAAUGCAUUAAAUGUAACUAUUAAUUUAUUGUUAUAACUACACUUUAUUUUUGUGUUGCCAUGUCUUGUAAGUUUAAUCAUGUAUAUAUUUUACAAUAGUCAAUAAAUUUUGAGUAUAUUUUAAUUUUUCUUGCAUCUGGGUUUUCAGGGUAGAAAAGAAAUUAUGUGACUCUUUGAUAAGUAGGGUAUUAUAGGUUAUAUAGAAUUUGUAAUUAUAAUAGUGCUAUGUGUUUGACUUCCAUGUUGUUUAUUGUAAGCUUUAUAAUGUAAAUAAAGACAUUUCCAAAUCAACAAUAUCAAUAGAUAGGCCUACAUGUUUUCAUUACCAAGAUUUUUAAACUAUAUUUCUAUCAUUUCAUUAUUUUUCUAGAGUGACAAUAACAAUAAAUAUAAAAGUAAUUGACAAAUGAAACAGUUUUCACAACUUAUACCUCAUUAUCAACCAUAGGGAUGCCUAAGCAAUUGCUCAUGAGAAAUAUGUGACUCCCAGCAUCUUUUAAUGAGGUUAAUUUUAUCUACUUGGGUAUGUUAUGUCUACAAAUUACACUGACAGGCAAAAAAUUCC